AUGCCGAAGUACACCGUCGACGUGAUAUCAAGCCUCACGGGGCAGCCAGUGAAGUUCAAUAUUCAUGGGAUACCUUACCCCAGCAGUGGUGAAUGGCCCGUCUACCACGACAUAUGGAAUCGGGUUCUUGACUACACUGGAACCACACCCAGCCACGCGAUGGUUAAUCGUAUCUUCCCUCUAGCUGGGAACAACGCCGGGCUUGUUACGGAACACAUCUUCGAAAGGCAGUCGUUUCGGGAUUUCGUCAACUCCAGCAUCACUGGAGGAUUGCCAAGCGGAGCCGUAUCUACACUUCCUCCCAUGGACUACAACUUCUGGACGGUGACAGCGCUCCAACCUAUCCCUAACGCGGUACCCAUCGGUGUAUCUCGCGCAGUAACUCCGAUACGCCGUCUAAUGACGGUACUGGGAGCGAGACGGUUCGAAAAUGUUUUCGUACUAGCCGGCAAGGAUCUGAACGGCGUCAAAUCGAGAAUCUGGAGUCAUCAUGAAUCGACUAGCAAGAGCAACAUGCGAAGAUACAUGACUCAUGACAUUGCAAAAUUCAUAGAAUGCAUACGUAACGCUCUUGGGGUGUUCGUAUAUCUAAACCAUCCCAUGGUACACUUUCGAUUGAUGAACAUUAUGAGAGAAAUCCGUGAUGAGCUCCAGAACGCUGAGGGUUACCAAAUCUACACCCACGGUCCAGCUACCAGUGUCUACGCCUGCGCACGAUUUGACGAGUGGGCCGCAGAUCAUUUCGCGACUUUGGCAUCGGAAACAGCAGAUUGGGCCCUCAACUGGAUUGGAAAAGCCGUAGCGGAAUGGAACCUACACCCCAACCACCCGUUCCAUCCUUGGGUAAUGAGCACCCUCUUUGCGUUGGCGGCUCUCGCUGGAGGGCUUCAGGUCAAUCUGGAUGGUAUUCCGGGGCAGUGGCAUUAA